GGUUUCGUUCUCUUUCUUUCACGCGUCCUUACUGCGAGAUAAUAUACUGUCUUUAAACCAGCUGUUAAAGCGAUCCUUCGAAGCACUGCAAAGAUGCCGAGGGAAGACAGGACCACGUGGAAGUCCAACUAUUUUAUGAAAAUCAUCCAACUGCUGGAUGACUACCCCAAAUGCUUCAUUGUGGGUGCAGACAAUGUGGGCUCGAAGCAGAUGCAGGCCAUUCGUCUCUCUCUGCGUGGGAAGGCUGUGGUGCUCAUGGGUAAAAACACCAUGAUGCGCAAAGCCAUCCGUGGCCACCUGGAGAACAACCCUGCCCUGGAGAAGUUGCUGCCCCACAUCAAAGGAAAUGUGGGCUUCGUCUUCACCAAGGAGGACCUGGCUGAGAUCCGGGACAUGCUGCUGGCCAACAAGGUGCCAGCUGCUGCUCGUGCCGGCGCUAUUGCCCCCUGUGACGUGACUGUGCCAGCCCAGAACACUGGGCUUGGUCCUGAGAAGACCUCCUUCUUCCAGGCCCUGGGCAUCACCACCAAGAUCUCCAGAGGAACCAUUGAAAUCCUGAGCGAUGUGAUGCUCAUCAAGCCUGGAGACAAGGUGGGAGCCAGUGAGGCCACGCUGCUCAACAUGUUGAACAUCUCGCCCUUUUCCUUUGGUCUGCUCAUCCAGCAGGUGUAUGAUAGCGGUAGUGUCUAUAGCCCUGAGGUGCUCGACAUUACUGAGGAUGCUCUGCACGCCAGGUUCCUGGAGGGUGUGAGGAACAUCGCCAGUGUGUGUCUGGAGAUCGGAUACCCGACUCUGGCCUCCAUUCCCCACACCAUCAUCAACGGCUACAAGAGAGUCCUGGCUGUUGCCGUGGAGACUGACUACUCCUUCCCCCUGGCAGACAAGGUGAAGGCUUACCUGGCUGACCCCACUGCCUUCGCUGUUGCUCCUGUGGCUGUGGCCGAGACUGCCGCUGCCCCAGCCGCCGCUAAGGAGGAGGCCAAGGAGGAGUCUGAGGAGGGCUCGGACGACGACAUGGGCUUUGGCCUAUUCGACUAGAAGGCAGCCGACACUACUCUUAUGGUUGCUGACCCAAUUCAAGAAGAUCAUUGAAUGUAAUAAAAACCUCCACAAAAUCAAA